AUGCUGAGUCAUGCGUCGGUUCCGACAAGCUAUUGGCCUUAUGCGUUUGCUCCUACGGUUUAUCUGAUUAAUCGGAUGCCCACUGAUGUCUUACACGGUGAUUCCCCAUAUCACAAACUCUUCGAUGCUCAUCCGAAUUACCUCAAGCUUCGAGUGUUUGGCUGUGUUUGUUACAUGUGGCUUCGUCCUUACCGACAAAACAAGUUAGAAGCUCGCUCCACUCCGUGCGUUUUCCUAGGGUAUUCUCUAACCCAUACUUUUACUGGUCCACUUCCUGCUCUGGUCUACUCUUCACCAACUCCACCAGGAUCUACUCCAUCCUCGACUUCGAUUCAGGUGGUAAACAUGUCCUCAGCUCCGCCGCCACCUGCUCAUUCUACAUCACCUCCGUUGACAGAUCUUCACCCUCCGUCACCGCCAACGCCAACGUCUUCGUCUUCCUCACCAUCUGCGGCUCCAUCAUCGGCUCCAUCACUGGCUCAAUCACCGGCUCCAUCACUGGUUCCCUCACUGGCAUCUUCUCUGUCGCAUGAAUUGUCCGCAUCUCAUUCUUCAUCUUCUGCGUCCCUUGACUCUCCUCAUGAACGUAGAACUAAACGGGUUCAAGAUAUGUCCAACAGUGAGGCCCAACAAAGCCCAUUAUCUCAUUCACCAUCUUCAGGUCGGUCCAGUCUAUCACCAAGCCCCAACUCAUCGUCCUCUUUGUCCUUGCAAUCACCAACACCUACCUCGACUUCUCCACCUGAAUCAUCGUCUACGACAUCCACCGCUCCUAUUAUCCAACCGGUUCCUCCGUCACUUCCACCGUCUAAUCAACAUCCUAUGCAAACUCAGUCCAAAAAUCAGAUCUCCUAA